UCGGAGGACCGGAAAGGAGGCGGGGCCGCGGCGGCGCGCGCCCCCCGGAACGCGCGCAGCGCAGGCGGCGCGGAUCGCAAGGAGCGGGUCCGUGGCCGGAAAGGGGCUCUCGGUUUGCGUGUGGAAUAGGGCUCGAGGGUCACGGCCGCGAUGAACACGGUGUUGUCUCGGGCGAACUCGCUGUUCGCCUUCUCGUUGAGCGUGAUGGCGGCGCUCACCUUCGGCUGCUUCAUCACUACUGCCUUCAAAGACAGGAGCGUCCCGGUGCGGCUGCACGUCUCGCGGAUCAUGCUAAAAAAUGUAGAAGACUUCACUGGACCUAGAGAAAGAAGUGAUCUGGGAUUCAUUACAUUUGAUAUAACUGCAGAUCUAGAGAAUAUAUUUGAUUGGAAUGUUAAGCAGUUGUUUCUUUAUUUAUCAGCAGAAUAUUCAACAAAAAAUAAUGCUCUGAACCAAGUUGUCCUUUGGGACAAGAUUGUUCUGAGAGGUGAUAAUCCGAAGCUGCUGUUGAAAGAUAUGAAAACAAAAUAUUUUUUCUUUGACGAUGGAAAUGGUCUCAAGGGAAACAGGAAUGUCACUUUAACCCUAUCUUGGAAUGUUGUACCAAAUGCUGGAAUUCUACCUCUUGUGACAGGAUCAGGACAUGUAUCUGUUCCAUUUCCAGAUACAUAUGAAAUAACGAAGAGUUAUUAAAUUAUUCUGAAUUUGAAACAGCAUAUUUUUAUACGUAAUCAUAUCUCAUCUCUUCCCUUGCGUCUUCAUUUGUUUUUUGGUUAACUUAAUUUUUUUUUUUUUUUUUGUAUAAGAACUAACAUCCAAAGGCAUAUUUGAAGGGAAAGGUUAAUGUGCUACUUAUGCUUAAUUUUGCAAUCAAACAAAAAAGGCCACCAGAGUGGAGUAUUAUAACAAUAAGAAAACUAGAUGAUAACGAUUUGUAAAAUAUUUAAAGUAUUCCCUGUAUUUCCAUUAUUCUUAAUGGAAUAUGAAGUGAGCAUGAAGGGCAUCUAACAUGUUUAGGUGCCAGUGGAAUUAGAAGAACUUUGUUGUAUGCCUUGCAUUCAUGCAGGUUCCCAGUGGAUGUGACUUACCGGUAGACAUUCUCUUUUAUCUCUUUUAGGGUGUGUCUGAUUAUUGGAAACAUUAAUAUAGUUAUUUGUGAGAAAACUGGAUUACACAACAGCCAAAAGUGAUGGAAUUUUAUUCCAUUUGUCUUAGGAAUGCCCGUAAUGCUUGUUUUUCUUACAGGUGACUAGCAGCUUUCUCCACGUAAAGACUAAAUACCUCUUUAUAUGCUGUAAAUCAUUCAAACUCAUUUUAAAGUUCUUAAGUCAACCAAAUGUGUGUCUUUCAGUGCUUUCUCUAAAAGCGUUCCUUUGUGUUACAUGUUUGUGUGACUUUUUUAGCAUUGCCAUUGGUAGCUGAAACGUUGCAUGGUUCCCCUCUGAGUUGUUUGUUCUAGUGAGCAUGCGUAGUGCCACUGAGUGGUAAUUAUUUAAAAUUUUCAGUAGGUCCACAUUUUAGUAAUUGGGGUAAUAAU